AUGGCAGAACGGCAACUACAACAGAUUUUGACUCAGCUCAAGUCGCAACAGCUCGCCUAUGCAGACGCAGCCAAGCUCCUCUCGAAAGCGAAGCUCCUCCUCCUGCAGCUCGGUGCACUCACACCCAAGACGACGACGACUACACCAAGCCCAACAAGCAGCGGCAAGGGAAAGAGCAGCAACAGCCCAUCACCUUCGGCGGCACAGCUCGCUCUAGCCCGGGAGACGUAUGAGCAGGGAGCGCUGUACUCGAUCCGCGCCAAGAACGCCGACGGCUUUACGCGCUACGUCCAGCAGCUCUCGCCGCUGUACGAGCUCCCCGCCAAUGUGCUGCCGCCCAACCUGCCCGAGCGCAACAAGGUGACAGGCCUGUACCUGCUGCUGCUCCUCACCCAGGGCCGCUACGCCGAGUUCCACUCGGAGCUCGAGGCCCUGUCCACUCGCGAGGGCGGCGGCGGCAGCGUCGACGUUGAGGGCGACCGCUACCUUGGCUACCCUAUCCGGCUCGAAAGGUGGCUGAUGGAGGGCAGCUACGACCGUGUCUGGAAGGCCAUGAAGAAGGGCGAGGUGCCCUGUGAGGAGUAUGGUGUCUUUUCAGAGAUUCUGACCAUCCAAAUACGGGCCGAGAUCGCUUCGAGCAGCGAGCGUGCUUACCCGUCUCUGCCCAUCUCAUCCACCAAGUCUCUUCUGUUUCUGGAGUCGGAGGGUGCGGUUGUCGAGUUUGCCAAGCGUCGCGGCUGGACUGUACGUGACGGCCACAUUUACUUCCCCACCGCAGGUGCUGAAGAUGGUGAGCCCGAGAAGCCCGUAAGCCUGUCGUUCAUCGAGAACACCCUUGGAUACGCCCGCGACCUGGAGACUAUCGUCUAG